CCAAGGCCACCACGCGCACGGGUUGGCGCCUUGGACGUGGGCGCAGACUGUGCGCGUAGCUGAUUGGCGUGGCGGCGGCAGCAUCUGAUUCACGAGGUGCUACAAGAUCUUCGGGGGACAUGGCACGCAGGCGGCCGUCGAAAGCCAGAGUAGCCAUGUCCUGGCGCAACCAGGCCCGGAGCGGCCCCGUGUUGGUCUCAGGCUGCAAACAGCGAAAUGGCCAGCGUGGGAUAUACCACCAGGGAAAGCUAAGGUCACGGCUUAAAUGAAAGGGAUUAAAUAAUCGGCAGAGAUAUUCUCCGAGCUUGAAUGGCAGCUGUCGUGGCGCGGCCCCACCCGCGCUCAGCGGAGUGUCGGCGGGCGGCAACCAUUUUGAACGAAUUCACCAUCCCAUCCGCGAAUCGCGGCCCGGACAAGCUCAUCCCUCAAGGCAUUCUGGCAGCCGCCAAGGGGUUGGCCAUUAUCACCGUCUUUCGCAUUGGCUUUGUCGUCACGGUGCGCGCGGGCAGUGGUCUUGUGGUGGCUCGCGAUGGCAGCGGUAAUUGGUCAGCGCCCACUUGCAUUGGCAUGGGCGGUAUGGGUGGUGGUCUCGAGAUUGGUGGCGAGAUUACCAACUUUGUCAUUGUUCUCAACUCUGAUCGCGCCGUGCGAGCCUUUUCACAGCGCGGUCAGGUGACCCUGGGCGGCUCCCUGAGCGUGGCAGCCGGUCCCCUUGGUCGCGCUGCAGAGGCAGAUGUGGCACUCAACAAACCUGCUGCCUUUUACACGUACUCGCGCACACGCGGCCUCUAUGCAGGAUUGACCAUCGAGGGAGCCGUGAUUAUGGAACGGCGCGGCGCCAAUCGCAAAGUCUAUGGCACGGAUGUUCGCUCCGCUGAUUUGCUCAAUGGACGCGUGGGCCGUCCUCGCGAGGCCAUACCCUUGUAUGCAACUUGCGUUCACACCACCUCGCUGCUCGCCCAGCUCCCCAAGCACGAGCACUCACAGUACUCUGCACUCGAGGCUGCGACGGGCGGUCGCCUGGGCUCGGUAGUGCAUGGCGUUGACAACGCGUUACGCAACGGCACAUCGGCCGCAGAUACCAUGUCCCGGCUUAAAAGUGUCGCGCACCGGCCAACAGCAAGCUCAUCCAAUUCCUCGAGUACCAAAGAAGCAUCCACGGCGCGCCACAGCCGCAGCUUUAGCUUCCGGUCGAAAAACAAGGACUCUGAUGGCUCCACGCAUGCCCAGCGCAAGUCGUUCUUUUCUCGUGGCUCCCACCAUACUUCCAAGUCCAAGCACCGUGAUCAAGCCGAUGUGAGCAGCAAUAGUACAGGUGGCAACAUGUUGUUUGAGCAGGAUGUCAAACUCAGUGUUCGGCCCGUUCGCGGCGCCCCUGUGCGUGCUACUUCCGCAAAAUCAGCCUCAGCGCAAGCCAGCAAACCAGCGCGCCGGUCAACCAAAAGCAACAAUAGCGCGGGCAGUGCCUCCGCUGCUGCUUCUUCAACCGCAAGCACAAUGGCCGAUCUUCCAUUUACUCGACACUCGAGCAUGGCACGGGAGCCCGAUAUUUGGGACGACGAUGUUGAAGUCACAGCAUUGUUCGACUACCAAGGAACUAUGGAUUGCGAUCUCUCAUUUCGCCAGGGUGACCGCAUUAAAAUUAUCACUCGCACCGACUCACGACAUGACUGGUGGGAGGGUGAACAUGACGGUCGCAUUGGCAUUUUUCCUGCCAAUUUCACAAGUGACAUUGGGAAGCAGUAG